AUGUCUACUUUCUGGAUUCAUAUAAAAACUAAGGUUUUUCAAUUUCAAAGCACAGUUCAGCAGAAACUUCUACGCAAACUUGAGAUUCUCCAAAGAUCAACCAUCCGUGAAACAAUGAAGGUCUUUAUCGCUCUGUUUCUCGCUACCCUGGCCGUUGCCGCCCAAGCCGGAUACGUCCAAAGCAGCUGGCCAGCUAGCACCUACGGAAUCAACUCCUGGAACGGUCUGAAUGCCUGGAAUGGCCUCAACUCCUGGGACGGUCUGAGCUCGUGGAACAACUGGAACGAUCACGGAAUCUCUGCCUACCCGUACGGAUACAACAAGUGGUCCUCGGCGGCUUGGCCAGCGGCUUCCCUAUACAACGGCUACAACGGAUGGUACGGAGCCACCGGUAAGACCGUUGUCCAGGCCAACGUUGCGAAGGUCAGCCCGUGGGGACUUCCGCUGACCUCGUACGGCUACGGAUACAACAACUACCUGGGAGCUGUUCCAGCAGCCAAGUACGUCGCCGCCAACCCCGGCUCGGUUCAUGUUGCCCCGCUGGUCGGACACGCCGUCAACCAGAAGCUGAUCGUCGCUGGACAUGGAUAUUAAUUUGUACUGCUUGACUGAAUAAAGAUUUGACGAAACUGUA